AGUGUAAUGCAUGCAUUCAUGGGCUUCUUGCAGUCAGCAGCUAGCACAUAGUUCGAUAAAGGCCAAUCCCAUGGGCUAUCGAUCGGAACUUUAGCCACCAUCCCUUUCUCCAGAUCUUCGAUCAUAUCUAUCCAGACUCUACAGUAACCGACUUAAUUGUUCUUUGUAGCUAGCGUGUUAUUAUAUAUAUGACCAUCUCUUAAUUAAUUGUAGGAAGAUCUAUACCUGAACUAAGUGGCCGGCUGGCUAAUAGAAGUGGAAAGCAUCCAAAAGGCGAUCGAUAGCAUAGAUAAGAAGCAAGGUCAGAGGAACGAUCCGAAGACUUGUAGGAUCAAACAUUGGUAGUUCUUGACUUUUGAGUAAGGUCCCUUUGAGUAAAUGGAGGGAGGUUUGAAAACGAAACUGUUGCUAAGUGAAGGUGAAAAGCCCAACCAAAAUGAGUUACUGCAAGACCGGAACACAGUUACUGCUCUCAGAUGUGAUUUCUUCUCCAACUUACCAGACAAAGUUCGGUCUGGCUUUGAUCCCGAGGCCCCUUUUCAUCUAAACCUCUCUAAAACUACUGGCUUGAUAAAAGGGGAGAAGGAAUACUAUGAGAAACAAUUUGCCACCUUAAGGUCUUUUGAGGAAGUUGACUCUCUAGAGUCACCCAAUGUGAUUGAUGCUGAGCAAGAUCGAAAAGAACAAGCCCAACAUGAGAGAGCAAUGAAAAUUUCUAAUUUGGCAAAUGCCCUUCUGCUUGCUUUAAAGAUAUAUGCUACACUGAAGAGUGGAUCCUUAGCUAUUGCAGCUUCAACUCUAGAUUCUUUGCUAGAUGUUAUGGCUGGUGGUAUACUUUGGUUCACACACUUGUCUAUGAAAAACAUAAAUAUCUACAAGUAUCCUAUCGGAAAGUUGAGAGUGCAACCAGUAGGCAUUGUCAUAUUUGCAGCUGUCAUGGCUACUCUUGGCUUUCAAGUUCUUGUCCUGGCCUUAAAACAACUUAUCGAAGACACACCCUCCGAAAAGAUGACUUCAGAAAAGUUGAUCUGGUUGUAUGCAAUCAUGCUGAUAGCUGCUGGCGUCAAACUUGUUCUUUGGUGGUACUGUAGAAGCUCGGGAAACACAAUCGUCCGUGCCUAUGCCAAGGAUCAUUACUUUGAUGUGGUCACAAAUGUGGUUGGCUUGGUUGCUGCUGUUCUUGGAGACGAAUUCUAUUGGUGGAUAGAUCCAGUUGGUGCUAUCAUCCUCGCAUUCUAUACAAUUUCUAAUUGGUCCGGAACUGUCCUAGAAAAUGCAGUCUCUUUGGUUGGACAAUCAGCUCCACCUGAAGUCUUACAGAAACUCACAUAUCUCAUCCUAAGGCACCACAGUUUAAUCAGACAUGUCGACACAGUCAGGGCCUACACCUUUGGGGUUCUCUAUUUUGUCGAGGUUGACAUUGACCUGCCCGAAGAUUUGCCAUUCAAAGAAGCACAUGCAAUUGGAGAAUCAUUGCAAAUAAAGAUCGAAGAGCUCCCUGAAGUCGAGCGGGCAUUUGUUCAUCUUGAUUAUGACUGUGAUCACAAGCCAGAGCACUCUGUUCUAAGUAGGCUCCCCAACAGCCAUCCUUGAUAAUGAUUCAGAGUUUGCCAUGAAAUAAUACUAGUACUUGUUUUUCUGUCAACUUGAUUUGUACCAUGAGGAAGUAUCAAGAAUUGAAACCUUACGUGUUAGAGAAUGUGAGAAACAUAUAUAUAUAUAUAUAUAUAUAUAUGGGGGCGGAUCCGUGGCCACCUAAAUUAUAGUUAGGAUUAUACUCCAAAUCUUGUCCAUUAAUUCUAAUAACAAUCAACGGUUGAGAUUAAAGACAA